GAAGGGGCGAGCCAGCCUGCAUGUUCGAUUUAUCCCAGCUCAGAGUCGUUUCUGCUGCGGUCCCCUGGCAGACAAACCAGUCUAGGAGAGGCAAAGGGAAUCGCUCAGGGCUCCCUCUGGGCACCAGCUGCUUCCGCCCUGAUGGAGGAAGCUUUUCGCUUGGCUUUGUGCGUGACGAUGGGCCUGCUGCUCCUGGGGGGAUCGCGCCUGGCAGGAGCUAUCGAGACUGGAAAUGCUGUCAGUAAGGGUGGCGAUGAGGAAGGACAAGGGGCAACGGAUCCUCAGACGCUGACUGUCACAACAAUCCUGCAAGACCCCUAUGCGAUGGCAAGAGGCACAGAGCUGGAGGGCUAUUGCCUGGAUCUGCUGGACAUGCUCGCCAAGAAGCUGCACUUCAACUACAAGGUGACAAUAGUGAAAGAUGGCCGCUAUGGGGCUGUCUCCUCCAGUGGGAACUGGACCGGGAUGGUCGGCGAGAUCGUCAGGCAGGAAGCAGACCUCGCUGUGGCUCCCUUGACGAUCACGUCAGUGAGGGAAGAGGUGAUUUCCUUCACCAUGCCAUUCCUGGGCACAGGGAUCGGGAUCCUGCUCAGGAAGGAUGCUGCCUCCCAGGGUGCUUCUCUCUUCGGCUUCCUUGCUCCUUUCAGUAAGGAGACCUGGACUGGCCUGAUGGUUGCUUACCUGCUGACCUGCCUCUGCCUCUUCCUUGCAGCCAGGCUGAGCCCCUGUGAAUGGAAGGAACCCAAGAGUGAGGAGAACCACUUCACCUUUCUGAACAGCCUCUGGUUUGGAGCAGGAGCUCUUACCCUGCAAGGUGCAGCACCUCAUCCCAAAGCACUGUCCGGGCGAAUCAUUGCUGCCAUUUGGUGGCUGUUCACCCUCUCUCUGCUGGCUGCCUAUAUUGCCAAUUUCACCGCCUUGCUGCGUGCUGGGAACGAGCCGCUUCCAAUCCAAACUUUUGAAGAUCUCGUGAAGCAGAGAGAGAUCGAGUUUGGGACAGUAGAAAGUUCCUCCACGUUUCAAUUCUUCAAGAACUCCAGGAAUCCCAUCCAUCAGAUGAUCUAUGAGUACAUGGACAAGAGGAGAGACCAUGUUUUAGUCAAAAGCUACCACGAGGCGGUUCAGCGUGUGCUGGAAUCGAACUAUGCCUUCAUUGGGGAAUCUGUAUCCCAAGAUCUUCUCGCAGCCAGGCACUGCAAUUUGAUCAGGGCUCCCGAGGUUGUUGGAGCACGGGGAUUCGGCCUGGCCACAGCAAAGGGAUCACCGUGGGCCAGUAAACUCUCCCUUGCUGUGCUGAAACUGGGCGAGUCAGGCGACCUGGACUACCUACGUAACAAGUGGUGGGAAACCACCUGUUUCCAUAAGGGCCCGGACACAUGGAGUCCUCUGAAACCGCAAGCCAUGGGAGGACUUUUCCUGGUUCUUGCCCUUGGCCUCGUGCUGGGAGUGAUUGUGGCUUUGGUGGAGUUGUCAAACAAGAGCCGACAUGCUGCUGAACGGGAGAAGAAAUCUUGCUGCUCUGUUCUCAUCGAGGAGAUGAGUCAUCGGUUCAGAAUAAAAGAAGGUGCAAGAGAGAAUCCAGAGAAGGUUAAACCAUAAGAACCUCUUUAGGGAGUGGAGUCUCAGUGUUAAUCAAUUUCUUUCCUAGGGUGUGUAUUCAGUAGUAGCUGUUUCUCUGCAUGAGUUUUCUGCACUGGUACUGUAUCUCUGUAUACCUAGAGUGUAGCUCCCCUAGCACUAGGAAAGGUCAAUCUCUAUAAUGAUUGAACUGCAGACAGAGAACUAAAUAGCUCAGAGGACUGACUCCAGAUCCUGGCCGCUCUAGAGCACUAAAUCCAGCCUAGCAAUGAUUACUGAAGAUGUCAGCAUCUGAUGGCUACUGGGUGGCCCUCGUAAAACAGUCACAGCUCAAAGGUUGAGGAUUGAGCAAACGUGGAGAAUGAGCACCUCAUUCAUACAAGGUUCUGUCUACACUGGACUUGGAGGUGUGACUGCAGCACCUAACCAUCGCAGUGAAGCCUUAGCAGCAUGGGCUGGACAGCCCUCCCGCUGAUGCUGGGGUAUGUUUUGAAGCAGUUAGCCCAUGUUACCCAAGCUAGCUCAAAUAACAAUAGAAGUGAAGCUGUGGCCAGUUUGUGUGUGCCCCUGUCACACCUGACUGCAGUGUAGACAUACCCUUAGCAUAUGGCGACACUGCAGCUGGGGAUGUGACUAGCAGCUUGUGUAGAGUGAACUAGCUCGAGUACCAGCUACUGCAAGUCUGUCUGCAGGCUGUGCCAGUCACACCCUCGGCUGCAGUAUAGACGCACCUUUAGAAGUGGAGCCUGCAGCUCAGAGUGAUGCAUGUAAGCUGUCCCUGCUCUGUGACGCAGCAGAGGAUUGUGGCUGUCAAGCCAGCAACCUCCAUCAGCGGUAAUUGUUCAUUUUAAAUGCUCAAAACUGAAUGACACGUGGAGCUGCAAGUCAAGGGGAUCAGUGUGAAUAUUCUGGAACCAAGCUUAGGAGACUCUAGAAUGAGACUUCAAGAGCAGUGUAAAACAGAAUAAGCAGCAUUUUCCAUGGGCUGCCCAGGUAACUGCCUGCCAUUUUUCAGUAUGACAAAGAUUGUGUCUGUACAGAGCUUUGAAUACUGAAAACAUAACAAGUAUCAAAGAACAGCUUUGCUAGACAAAAUACACUUAUUCGGAGCCAGAGCAUGGGAACAGCUCUAUUAAAAAACAAACUGAUAUUUAGCCUUUAAAUUAAUGCAGCUGCUUGCCACCUGCCAAUGUUUAUCAGUAUAACUUCCUCCAAGUGAGAUGCUAGCCAGGAGCAUGUUGAAGGGCACAAUGAUUGAGAUUCACUCUCAUGCAAAACUUCCAGUCUCAAGUUCCUAGGUCUCACUCACCGACCACACGAAGGUGAGUUUUUUCCCAGUGAAAAUGUAUUGACUAUUUAAAAAAAAAGGGGGGGGGGAGGGUGCAAAUCUUGCUGCCUGCGGUUUUCAAAUUGAAUGACUCACUUAAUAUCAGCCACCUGUGGAAAGAGUGACUGCAAUGGAAUAUUAACGGCCUCAGUUAUGCUGAGCUUGAACUAAAUAAAAUGAGGUAAAUCAACUAAAAUAACCUGGCUCUUAAAUCAGCAGGGCCAAUUUAACUAACGUGUGAUCCAACAGAAGUUGCAUUUUUCUUACCCUUGGUUUCUGAGACUUUUGGUUGCCUUUCCGCAUAUCAGAAGAGUCGGGCUUAGUGGCAGAGCAUGUUACACAGCAUAUGCAUUGCCCUCCUGUAUAUACUGCCUUAUAUCUGCUGCUAGUUUUGCGUGGCUGUAGUGGGAAAGGGUGAAGAGGGACAGUCAGUUUCAGUAACAUAUUGAAUAUUGGCAACUGCAAAACUUGGGAAACAUGCAUUGCCUUGUGGUAGCAGGAACAUCUGUAGAGUCUCUUUGCACCUGGCACCUAACAGUAUAUACAGGAGGGUGAAGCAUAAGGGAUGCUAAAAAUGUUAGAAGAAAAGGAGGACUUGUGGCACCUUAGAGACUAACCAAUUUAUUUGAGCAUAAGCUUUCGUGAGCUACAGCUCACUUCAUCAGAUGCAUACUGUGGAUGAAGUGAGCUGCCGCUCACAAAAGCUUAUGCUCAAAUAAAUUGGUUAGUCUCUAAGGUGCCACAAGUACUCCUUUUCUUUUUGCGAAUACAGACUAACACGGCUGUUACUCUGAAACCUGUAAAAAUGUUAGAGGAACAGUCUGAUCACUUGGCUGAAGUUACUUAAGGACAUGUUUAAUCCCGGCUAUUACAGAGUAGGAAUUUUCAAAUUAAACAUUCAAUGUUACUGUC